UUUUUUUUUAAAAAAAAAAUUCAGGAUAAAGUGCAUCUUAUAUUUUCUUUGGUCGGAAAAUUUAAAUGGGUAAAACCAAGAAAAAAUCCGCACGAGCUUUUAAUAAAAAAAAUGAUGCCUUUAAAUCGAAUUCUGAAAAGAAAUUUUUGUCAACGAAUAACGACAUUGUGAAAAUAGCGAAUAUGAAGAAGAAAUGGAAAUAUCGGAAGAAGAAGCAAUUGAAACUUCUAGUCACUCUAAAUCGAAAUCUAAAUUGAAUAUUGAACCAAAUCGAUUUUGGUAUAAUAUUAAAAUCCAACCUCCUUCGGAUUCGAAAAAAAGAAAACUAACUGACAAAGACAUUUCCGAUUUAUAUAAUAAUGCAUUGCGUCUUUUGAAUAAAGAAAACGAUGUAUAUGAAGCUAUUCGCUCACGUCGUAAUGCAUCGGAUCGUGCUUUUUAUACAACUAUGUUAAAGUCUGGAACUUUGAAAGAUAGAUUAUCGACUCUUUCGGUCCUUGUAGAGGAAUCUCCUGUACAUGCAAUAAAAGCGCUAGAUACGUUAUUUAAAAUGGCUUGUAAAGAAAAUAGAAAUGAAGCUAUUCAAACUGUUGAAGGGUUAAAAAAUUUAAUGGUUGAACUACUAUUACCUCCUGACCGGAAAUUAAAAUUUUUCCGGGACCAACCUAUAGACAAGACAAACAUAUCGAGUAAGGAUUUAAUAUUAUGGAGUUUUGAAGAUUAUUUGAAACGAAAAUAUUUCGAAUUAAUUCGCGUGAUCGAAAUAUUAUCACAUGAUGUUGUAAUAUACGUAAAGCUUCAAAUUUUAGGAAUAAUUUUUACUCUAUUUAUGGAGAAACCUGAACAAGAAUCUAAUUUGCUGAAAUUAUUGGUGAAUAGACUAGGAGAUAAUGAAAGGAAAGUGGCGUCGAAAGCUUCUUAUCUUAUCGAUCAAAUAUUUCCAAAGCAUCCUCACAUGAAAAAGAUUGUUAUCCAAGAGAUAGAACAAUUAAUUUUGCUUCCCACGGCCAAUCGUCAUGCUCAAUACUACGGAAUAAUCGCAUUGAGUCGCAUCAUCCUAGCAAAACGUGAUACCGAAGUGGCUAAUAAAUUAAUAGAUAUCUAUUUUGUCCUUUUUGCAAAGUUGUUGGAAAAAAAGGAUAAAGAAAUCAAAAAGAGUAAAAUUUCUUAUUCUAAAACUAAAAACAAGGAUAAUAACGUAACGGAAUUUGAAGAUGCGGUUGAUUCCAAAAUGAUUGCAGCUCUCUUAACAGGCAUUAAUAGAGCUUAUAAUUUUGCUCAGAUCAAUAAUACAGUUUACGAAAAAUAUUUAGAUGUAUUAUAUCGAAUAACAUAUGUUGGAACAUUUAAUAUCAGCAUACAAGCACUUAUGCUUAUAUACCGAGUAUCGUCAGAGAAAGAAUCAUUUUCUGAUCGUUUCUAUCGGGCUCUAUAUCAUUCCUUGUUAGAUCCCCGUUUAAUAAAAAGCUCGAAACACGCAUUGUAUUUGAAUCUUCUGUAUAAAGCUUUGAAAUCUGACCCCAUACUUACAAGAACCAAAGCUUUUCUAAAACGAUUGGUACAAAUUUGUGGACAUCAUGAACCACAUUUCAUCUGCGGUGUUUUAUAUCUAUUAGCUGAGCUAAUCAUUGCACGGCCGAGUCUUCGUCCUUUCGUUGUUCGACCUGAAAAUCACGAAGAGGAAAAUACUGACGAUAAGUUGAGCGAAAAGAAUCAUGAUUCAAGUUCAAAAAAUGAAUCCGCGGAGAGUGAAAAGAAUAAAAAAUAUGAUCCACGAAAACGAGAUCCUCAGUAUAGUAACGCCGAUAAAUCGAGACUUUGGGAAUUGACUACUUUUACCAACCAUUUUCAUCCUACAGUUGCUUUAUAUGCAACACAAAUAGUUAAUGAACAACCUAUCAGUGGUCAACCGGAACUUCAUCUCCAUACAACAACACAUUUCUUGGAUAAAUUUGUAUUCCGUAAUCCAAAGAAGCAUGACAAAAUUAAAGGUAGUAAUCCUUUACUUCAACCUACGAAAACUUCAGAGCCAGGAAAAGUUGUAAUCAAAAAAGGUACCGGAAUUUCCAAGGAUGAGUUGAACGUAAAUUCCAAAGAAUUUUGGUCAAUGGAAUUAAAAGAUGUGCCAGUAGAUCAGAUUUUCUUCCACAAAUAUUUUACACAAAAGCAUACUGGUAAAGAUAUACAAAAGGUUAAGAAAAAGAAACAAGAUACCGAAGACGAUUUUCCUUUUGUUGAACUUGGCGAAGUAAGCGAUGACGAAAAUGAAAUUUGGAAGGCCAUGAAAUCCGAAUUGCCAUUUGAUUUAGAUUCGGAUCUUGAGAAUGAAGAGGAUGAUGAUGAUGAUAUUGACGAUUUCAUGGAGAACUAUGAAUUCUCAUCUGAAGAUGAUGAUGUGAUGGAUAUAUGACGACAAGAAUUUAUAAAAGGUUUUGAUUUGAUGUUGGUUUGGUAAAAGCUUUUAAAAAUGCAAUUGAUUUAAAAAGUAAUAAACUUUUAUUUAAAUGUAAAAUUUAUUCUAUUUUACAAAUUCUAAACAAAGUAUACAUCAAUCAUUAAUAAACUACAAAACAUUGUAAAAGUAUUAAAGUUUUCCUUUAAAUAACAAAUUAAUCUCUACA